CAGCAAACGAGCAUCAUUAAUCUUGGUACUCGUAUCGUCGUCUAGUUGGGGCAAUUCCCAAAUCUCACAAAGGGACCAUAUCUAGGGUUUGUACGUUGUUGCGAGGACGAUGACUACCAUGAUAAGCUGCGAUGUGACGGCGAAACGAGCUUCAGCGUCGGACGAUAACAAGCCUAAAGUUUCGCCGAUGAAAAAGCAGAAGUUCGACGAGGAAGACGACGAAUACAUUGAAAGCGAAACCGAGAGCGAAGACGAUGGGGUAUUUGAAGGCGAAGUAGGCGAUGGAAGAGUGCCGUAUGGGAAAUACAUAGGGCUAGAAGACCCAGUAGAACCGGAACCGGAGUGGGAUGUGGACAGCUUUGAUGGCCGCGAAUACGAAUCAGAUCCUGAGAUCCGUGGCAGCUUUGCUAGCGAGAAUGCUUACAUGGAUUACCGCGAAUACUCGAUCCAGGCUUUGAAGAAUCGGGGGUUUUUACCAGAUCCACUCAAUUUCAUCGGCAAUGUUCACGAUCUGGAUGGACCAGGUUGUAGAAACAUGACCAAUAGGGAGUACUUGACGGAUCUUGCUUCCUUGUGCGUUAAGAAACUCAACGACUAUAAGGGAAUAACUGUGGAAUUUGUAAGUAUUGUGAGAGCCACUUUGACUGCAGGAUCUAGAUGGAAGAUGUAUAUAACAUUUAUGGCUCGGGAGUAUCCAAAUGGGCCUCUCAUUGAGUACCAGGCUAAGGCCAUGGAUUUCGCUGGACGAUCUCGACCUCCCUUUCCCAUUCUCUGCAGACCAUCUCCUAAACCCCUUAUCUAUCACUAAUUAAUUAAGACAUACAUUUUGCUCAGUGGGAACAACUUUGUAGUUGUUUUAAUUUUCUGAAGACCGUAUGUAGUUUUGGAAGAUUCUCUUGUUUUGAAUUUCUAAUAUUUUCAAAUUCAUUAUCAUCUCGAUUAAGUCAAAGCAAUAUAAUG